AUGGAACGGCAUUACUAUAUUAGAGCAGUGGAGGAGGACUGGGAUUAUGCGCCGUCGGGACGGAACCUUGCAUUAGCCGAUAGCGAAAAAACUGCAGAAGAGGUUGUAAUUGGUGAAGUGAAACUCAAUUUUAGUAUGAGUAGUACUUCCAAGUCACAGCUGUGUGAAUUUGAUGUGAUUUUACAGGAAUAUCUGAUAGAUGCCAAUUUAGAAUUGAAUAUACAAAAAAUAUUUGUCCCGGAGAGGAUUGAAAAUCGCAAAGAUAGGAUAGGCAGCAUCUACAAAAAGGCAAUAUUCCGGGGUUAUACAGAUGAAACCUUUUCACAACCUGUCCCGGUUCCUGAAUGGGCGGGGAUUCUCGGACCGCUUAUUAAAGCAGAAGUAGGAGAUACUGUGUUUAUUCAUUUCCAGAACCGGGCUUCCGGAAGCAAUUUUAGUAUUCACCCUCAUGGGUUCUUAUACGAUAAAGCGAACGAAGGUGCUCUUUACGUUGAUGGUACAAGCGGAAGUGCUAAAGCUGGCGAUGCUGUGCCGCCAGGUGGUGAAGUAACGUACGUCUGGUUUGCUGACCAGAUUCACGCGCCAACUCCUCAGGAUGACAACUGUGUUACGUGGGGCUAUCAUUCUCACACGCAUGCACCAAUUGACAUUGACACAGGCUUAGUUGGUUUGGCUGUAUUUUGUAGAAAAGGAAUUCUUGACCAUGAUGGAAAUCGUUUGGACGUCGACAAGGAGCUUUAUUUUUACUCAGACACAGCUAACGAAAAUAACAAUUGGUAUUUCGACGAGAAUUUACGGCGAUGUGGCGAUCCUAUGGCUUGUCAGCAACUGAAGCUUCAAAGUGAUUGCUGUUUGAAUGAUAAUUUCCACGAUUUAGGAAUUGAUAUAUCACCAGUACCUAUAUUUGGAGAACCUAAGGCAGCAACACACUUCAUUGUAGUGUGCAAACUGCAUGAUGCUCUCGGAGAUACAACCAACAGUUCUAGAACUUGGAGCAUGAGAUUUCAACAGACAAAUAGUAAUUCCUGGACAGACCACCACAAAAAAACUAUGACGGGGGAUGCAGGAUUUAGAGCGAGCAACACCAAGUACCACGUCAAUGGUUUCAUUUACGGUAACUUAGAAUUCCCUGUUUGUGAAGGAGAACGUGUCGUCUGGUAUUUUAUGUCAUUGAACCUUGGCGUGCAUACAAUACAUGCGAACGGACAGACAAUGAUUAUAGAAAAACAACGGGAGGUAGACAAGUUCUUGCAGCGAGGGAAACAGCGCAUUGGCUCAGUUUACAAGAAGGCGAAAUAUUAUGAAUACACUGAUGAAACAUUUACUGUGCGGAAACCGCUCAUAGAACGAGAGUUGCAUUAUGGUCUGGCCGGCCCUCCAAUCAAAGCCGAAUGCGGAGAGCGUGUCAUCGUUGUCGUCCUCAACAGGGCAUCGAGACCGUAUUCCUUUCUUGCCAAUGGUGUUUCAGUAACAAAGGAAAACGAAGGGGCUUCCUAUAAAAAUAGUCGAAAUGACGAUCAAGAAUCCGGUUCCAUUGUUCUUCCGGGAAAUGUAAGGGUCUAUGAAUUUGAAGUGCCACGGCAAUUUUCACCGGCGCCAUUAAACAGAGACUGCAUUACUUACGUGUAUCACUCCUCCGUUGACCUGUCAAAAGACAUUCACUCAGGACUUUUUGGUCCGCUUCUUGUCUGUAAACCAGGAACUAUUUCACGUUACCGAAAUCAGAUUGAUGUGGAUCGAGAAUUCUUUUUAAAUUGGAUGGUUAUAGAUGAGAACCUAUCCUGGUAUAUUGACGAGAAUAUCAAUGAUUUUGCUGAGGAACCAAUGACAGUCAACAAACGGGACGGACAGUUUCAGCUUUCAAAUAGGAUAAGAGUUUCAGCGAUAAACGGACAUUCAUUCGGAACACUUCGCGGACUAAACAUGUGUUUAGGCGACCGUGUUUCGUGGCAUAUGUACGGCUUUGGAGCAGGGUUCGAUCACCACCAUUUUAGUUUUGAGGGCAAUAACUUUCUACAUGACGGACAACGAGUAGACACAGCUUCUGUGUUUCCUGGAUAUGGACAAACUGUAACAAUGAUUCCUGAUCAGGAAGGUAAGACUACACCUAACCUAUUUGAUGGUGUAAUAUCAUUAGAGGUUAUUAUACCGGGCUGGUGUGCCUUAAGGCGAAAUGAAAAAAGCGGUGUGGGAACUUUAAGUCUCGGAAAGAGACAGCGAAAGAAGCGAAAAGGAGUAAAAUCAGAGGGUUGUAUACGAGGGAUGAAUAGAAGACUAUUGCUACGAACAAGUCAAAUUAAUUAUGAAUCAGAAGGAAUGUUUGCUUGGUAUGACGUCAUGGACUGCAGGGGGAACUACCGACAAAGGUUUCCACCGCCUCGUAACUUGCCGAAAUUUAGAGGUGUAGUACGGCGAUAUUAUAUAGGCGUUGUUGAGGAUGACUGGGAUUACUGCCCGGAGAAAAUAGAUCCAAUAAAUGGCGAAAGUCUUUUGAACCCUAACAUAAGUGCAUACGUAUAUGUCCGAGAUGAUCCGAUGUUUGUUGGAAGUGUCUAUAAGAAGGCAUUAUACAGAGAAUUCACCGACGAAUCUUUCCUCGAUAUAAAACCAAGAAAAGAUGAUGAAAAACAUCUUGCACUCUUAGGGCCAUUUAUUCGUGGCAAUGUUGGAGAUACUAUCGAAAUAGUGUUCAAGAAUAUGGCUUCUUUUCCGUACAAUAUUGUCCCAAGGAAUAUUGUCUUUGAAGACGGCUCCCCAAUAACUUCAGCUUUACCAACGAACCCUGGACAAACACGAAUAUACCGUUACUUUAUUCCGAAAAGAUCAGGUCCUCUACCGAGACAGCCUAACUGUGUUGGAUCCAUAUACUCGUCGAGAGUUAAUCCAGUGGCUGAUACAUACAGUGGGUUGUUGGGACCUUUAGUUAUUUGUAAACCUGGCGUCCUCGACCUUUCUGGUAGGAGAACUGACGAAGUAACAAAAGAGUUUUCCACUGCAUUUGUCAUCAUUGACGAAAAUAAAAGUAACUACCGUGACACAAAUUUUGCACGAGCGCCUGCACGACAAAACACAAUGGCCGGUGACUUUGUCCGGAGCAACACUUAUAACACAAUUAAUGGCUUUAUUUUCGGAAACUUAAAAGGACUGGUGUUUCGCGAAGGGGAGAGGUCCGCGUGGUAUAUUUUUGGAAUGGGUUCGUUUCUUAAUAUACACACUGUUCAUUUCCACGGUCAACUUUAUUUGCGGACGGCGUCAUUAACCUUGAGGCGAGAUGUGCUUGAAAUCUGGGCUGGAACAUACCAAACUGUUGAGAUGUUGGGAUAUAAUCCGGGUACUUGGCUUUAUCAUUGCCAUGUAAAUUUGCACUCGGUGGCCGGUAUGGAAACCACCUUCACCGUAUUACCGAAGACAAAGUGAUA